AUGCAGCCACAACAACCUGCACCAACAAACUUUUCUGAGCUAGCCAAACGUUUCCAAGACCAGGCUGCGGCAUAUAGCAAUGCUGCUCAGAUGGCCCAAAUAAUGGAUACUUUUGCUGCCAGUCAACAACCAUUAAUUCCUCCCUUUCCUUUUCCUCCUUCUCAGCAGCAACAAUUAACGGCCGCUGCUAUGGCCUUAGCAAAACAUCAGCAACAACAACAACAACAAGCAGUUCAUUUAAAUUCGCCUGCGUCUAUUCUUUUUCAAGAGAAACAGGCCCAACAGCAAAUUCAGGAAGGACAAGCCCCUCUCCCUCCUCUCUCCACGGCUGUUGAACAGACAUUAACAAAUCCUACUACAGAUGCCUCCACUUCCUUUGUUGGUGCCCCUACUCUCGAACAAUUGUCUGCUAUUGCUGCAGCUGCUACAAAUGUAUUGCAAGCAACUAAUAAUGGAGAAUGCUCUGCAAAUACCUCAGUAUUUAAUCCUAUUGGAAUGGAUACUUCUAAUUGUCUUGCUUCUUCCUCAUCUUCAGUUGGCAGCCAAAAUCAACAGCAAGAUGAGGCACAAAUAAAUUCAGUUGAUACUGUAUUUUCAGCAGCAAAAAAUGAACAACAAGCACAGAACGUUCGCCGAAUUCGACGUCGACGACCGAAAGAGGAACUUGCUGGAAAAACACUCCAUAGAAGGAAUACAACAAUGUAUGGGGAAAAUAGUAGUUGUGUAUCUGUUAUCGAGAAAAUGGUUGAUUCUCCUUGCAGUUUGGGUCCUUUUUCAGUUCAACAACCUUUAACUCCUGCAAAUGAGCAGCUUUGUAACAGUGUUUUGCUUAAAACGGAGGGAAACACUGAAGAAGAAUCAUCAUCUAAUAACAAUAAUCACUCCCAACAACCACAACUAAAUUCUUCUACUGCAUCUGCAAAUAUUGCAAUGAUGAUUGCCUCAAUGGGUGGGAAUGGGGGAAAUAUUGGAGGGCCAAAAACUCCAAUAUGCCAAGGCCAAUCUCCACCUUCUUUACUUGAAAGACAGCAACAACAACAACAACAAUUACAACAGCAACAAUAUCAAAUAAUGGAAACACAGAAUCAACCUAUGGAGGAUGAUGGAAAUUGUCAGGAUGGGAAUGGAGCUGCCGGAAGAAUGAAAACUUGUAGAGUUUGUGGGGAUUCUGCUACUGGAUAUAAUUUUAAUGUUAUUAGUUGUGAAUCUUGUAAAGCAUUCUUCCGGCGAAAUGCUUUACGUCCAAAAGAGUUUAAAUGUCCAUAUUCUAAUGAUUGUGAAAUUAAUGCUGUUAGUAGAAGAUUUUGUCAAAAAUGUCGUCUUCGCAAAUGUUUUAUGGUUGGAAUGAAAAAAGAAUGGAUUUUAAGUGAGGAUCAGUUAAGAAGGCGGAAAAAUGCUCGUGUUAAAAAUCAAAUGGGUAAAGAUGGAAAUCAACAACCAAAUACCCCUUCAAGCGUUGGGGAAGGUUCUAUGCCUGGUUCCGUUGCUCCAGUCACUCCAUACGUUGGGAAUGGAAAUGGAGGGCUUAAUCCCUUCUCUCCUCCACAGCAACAAUUUUUCCAUCAUACUCAACAACAACAACAAACUCCACCUCCUCCACAAUCCUCUAUUAAUGCUGUUGCUGCAAUGGCAGCAGCUAGUAUACUUCACAAUCAAACUCAAGGCCAAUCACAUUCUCCCCUGAAUUCUCCCUUGCUUGCAGCUGCUGCAGCUAUUACAAAACUGGCUGGAUCACCAAAAAAUUCUCCUACGGGUGCUUCUUCUGUUCUGUCAAGUGGAUUGGAUUCAAGUCCUUUGGCAACAUUUGGUUUGGGCAACAGUCCCGAUUAUGGUGGAAAACAAAAUUUGUUUGCUUGUGGAGGAGUAUCUUUGGAUAAUAAAGCUUCUCCGAGUACUGGAACUCACUCACCUCCUUCCAUUUUGCCUCAACUUCAAAAUCCUCAUCCUAUAGAUGUCGAACAAAGAUAUGAUCCACAAGUUUUGCGUUUAGCCCAACAACAAUUAUUGAAAAAAGCGCAGCUUCAACAAGCUGCUGCCGUUUUGAGAAAAUCUAGUGACGGUUUAAUUUCUCUGGCAUCUGCUGCUGCAGCUCAACAACAACAACAACAAAAUCAACAAUCUCCUGUUGCUGCAGUCUCUCCAUUUGUUGAACAAUGUCAAAGAUUAAUGUUAUUAGGUCAACAAUCACAAGGAAUUGUUAGUCCACAAAUAGUUAAAAAUGGAGAUAUUGGAAAUGGACAUUCUGCUUCAAUAUUGGCUAGACUUUAUGGAAACAAUAACGUUACAAAUACAAAUAUAUCUUCCAAUUUAUCUGGAUUUAAUUCCAAUACAAAUUCCUCAGCAAUUCCAAAAAAUUUGGUGGAAGCUGCAGCAGCCGCUGUAGCUGCCGCUAAAAAUGGUAGAAUAAAUACAAAAUUUAUAUUUAAAAAUGUUAAUUUUUUAGCUUCUAAUAAUGUUAACAAUAAUCAAGUGUCAAAUAAUGGAUCAUCUUUAACUCCUUCAAAUAAUGGGACAAACAACAAUGAAGUUAAAACUUUAAUGGAAAUGGAUGCAAACACACGUGAACGUUUAAUGAGUAUGAGGAUUAAUAAAACAAUUAGAGACGAAUUGGGUAUUUCGAAUUCGCCUCCAGAUGGAAAUAAUUUACAACAAUCAUUAUCUCCAAAUCCAAUUAAAAUUGAAGAAAGAAGUUCUCCCCUUAGCCGUUCUAAUUCUAUUAGUGGAAAUUCUUCUUUAGUUUAUACUGAUUUGAGGAAUUACCAAUUAAACUCUAAAGAACAAAAUGACUUAAAUUAUGUUAAAUCAGCAUUUUCGAGUAUGGAUGAAGAAUUGAAAAAUGAAUUUUUGAAGAAUUCCAAACUUUUGGGUAUAAUGACUAAAGAACAACCACAAAGUCCUGAUGAUAUGAUGUGUUUGUUGGAUAUGUAUGUUGAUAUUUAUAUAAGAAAUGAUCAAUUUUUCCCAUUAUUGAGCAUAAAUAAAAUAUGAAACAAUAAAAUAAACUCCAGGAUUUACAGGGAUUACUUAAAGAGAUAGCUUGAACAAAGCAAAAUUAAAAAAUUUCAAGAGUAUAAAUGAGAUUUCUAUAUUUUUUAUGAUUAUGCUUGUGUCACUCUAUAUCGAAUCU